AUGUCGGCAACAGGGGUGACGCUGUCGGCCGGCUAUGAGAGGCCACCCGAGCAGGCCGAACCCGCCCACUGUCAGCGCACCUUCGGCAUCCUCGGUCUCGUCACCCUGGGAAUUGUCCUAGGUGCUGUGGGGAUGCGCUUUGUAGACAGCUUGCCCGUCUCGCCGGUUUGGGGAAGAGACGCCGUGGCUUCUUCUGAGGGAGUCAGCCUUGAAUCCGGCGGACGGUCGGAUUCUGGAGUCCCCAUGUGUGGUGCGGAAGGUAGCUUCGAUUGGCAAGUCUUGAGCGCAGCAGAUGUACUUAGCAAGGACGCAAUCUCCAAAGGCCUCGGCUUGCUGGAAGCAGAACGCGCAGGGUGCGUCGGAGGAGGAUUGCCAGCGUUUCCGUUUGAGGCGUCCGAUUUCGAGCACGGCAUGAACCACUCCCACUUCGUCCAUGUUCAGCACAAGUUUGCUUCAACUUGCAAAGGACAGACUUUCAAGCUGCACUAUUUCCUGGGAGGUGGAGACUACAGCUUUGCGUUGGAGGUUCAUCACAGCCUUGCGGCGAAGACGUGGCAACUCUUGCGAUCGAGACCCCCGGCCUGCGACAUCGAGGAGGGAAUUCCAGCGGGGCCGGAAAUCUUACCACCGAGUGGCAAGUUGGCACAACGCAGUGCCCACUUUGUGCUUUCGGAGUUGGCCUACCGCAUGGAGACGCAAAAAUGCCUGGGUCGCCAAGAGGGGCUAAAGCUGGGCAGUGUAAAACAAAUCAAGACGUCCAUUGACGCCGGUCUGCUGACGGAGCUGAUCCUGGAAGUUGAGCAUGUCUUCCCCGACGGCAAAUCCGACGAGAAGGUAGUUCAAGCGAACAUCCUGCAGGUUUGUGAUGCGGUGAGGGGAACCUGCCUCGACGAACUUGUGCUUCCCAAAGACAUCGGAAGUGUCUGCGACAUGCUUCAGAAGCCUUCGGACUUGCCGGUGCGGAGGUUGUAUGCCAGGAUAGGAAAGCUUGGCCACAUCGAGCCGGAUGCCACCGAGUUGAUGGUAGCUCGCUCCGGGCAAAGCUCCCCAAGGCAACUCAAAAGUCAGCAGCCGCGGUCAGCAAUUAUGCUGCGCCACAUCAAGAGCGAUUCGGCCAUACCAGAGGAAUGGCAUCCACAGGAUGAAUGCGCGCAUCUUCCCAUUCUUGAUCAAGGGAUGUGUGGCUCAUGCUAUGCUCAUGCCUUCGCAGCAAUGAUUGGGGAGCGGAAAUGUCGCCUUGACAAGAAGUCCCGACGGCUCUCAUCCGAGUCCUGCAAGGACUCGUCGAAGUGGACGGACUACCGCUCCUGGGGCUGUGAAGCCUAUGCGAAACAUGAUCCAGGAUGCAAGUCCCUGCCUGAUUAUGGCCAGCGGACACACUGCAAGAAGUCCUGUGGCACGUGCCCAAGUCUUGAAAGGUUCGAGCGUGACGAAAACCAGUGGGCUGAUGCAGAAUUCGAGUAUUUGCCGUCGGUAGCCGAACUAGCACCUUGUUCGGAAAGCCAUGAUGGCGAGAUGAGCGGCUGCAGCGGCGGGAACGUUGCGACCAUAUGGAACUACUGGUUACGGCACAAGCCAUCCUUGAAGCUCUGGCGCAUGGGAGCAAAAUGCAAGCCCUACAUCUUCAAGUGCUGGGAGAGCAAAGGCGGCGUUGUGAAUCCCAUGAAUAUGGGUCAUUGUGGCUGGUACGAUGAUUAUCAGCUCUUCCAGAAGCCUUGCAGCUGCAUUCCGCAUUCAAAGCGGCCUACGGAGAUGAAAUGUCAGGAUUCUCAACCACCUUCAAAGUGCGCUGCUUCUACACCUUUUGCAGUCUUCUCCAUAAUGAACAAGGCCGACGGGCUCAGCACAGCGGACACAGUCAAGAAUAUGCAGAGGCACAUCAUGGAGCAUGGCCCCAUCUAUGCAUCUUUCGCGACAACCAGUGCAUUCAUGGAUUGGAAUUGGAAAGAGAAGCCAGUCUACACCGGUGGCGGCUCCAAUGUGGGCGGCCAUGCUAUCGUGCUCACAGGCUGGGGGACGGAGCCCAAGCAGAAGGCAGAUUUCUGGCGUUUCAAGAACUCAUGGGGGCCCGAGUAUGCAGACGGAGGGUAUGGCAAGUUCCAGAGAGGCGCGAAUCUCGACCAGAUCGAAGAACGUGAGAUGGCCGCGGCUAUGCCGGAUGAGAACUUCGCUGACUUCUCUGCUCCACAGUGCAAUUUGCAUCAGUGGAGCACUGCUUACUGGAAAGCCGGCGAUCAGCUGACGCAGUACAAGAUCUACUAUCACGUCAAGUGCAACAAGGACGCCAAAGUGAAGGUGUUCGCCUCCCACCGUAUCCAGCAGCGGUCCGACAUCUACAAGGGAGUGACGGGGAAUGAAGAAACCGUGGACGGGAAAAGCAACGUCAUGGCCAAAGUUCCCUUCGACCUCGUGCAUGCAAAAUUCGGUUUGGAGGCUGGAGAUCAGUGGAUCAAGAUCGAGGCCACCGAUGAUUCAGGCAACAAGCAUGACAACACACAUUUUGUUUCGAUCCCAACGGAUGGCGUUCUGGAGCCUCAGGUGCCCAAGCGGCAAGUUUCAGAAGGCGACUCCGCGGUCUCGCAGCGCUCCGCGUCUGCCCAAUGGUCGCCUGAGGACGAUGAACUCUCCGCCGGCAUCCGCUACAUCAAUGAACACGCACCAGCAUGCGAUGGACUCAACGAACAGACGUACUGGGUAUUAACCAACAUCAAGACAGACUCAGGAUCUCCCAUUGCCGGGUGGCCCGAGGUGAAAGUCCGGAGCAUGUGCCAGAACAAGUCCCGGGGUAUGUCCGGGGCUGUUCCGAAGAUGGAAUUUCCACUCACCACGUAUAGCCUCCGCCUCCCCUUCGUCGACCACGUGUUGCCUCUCAUCUACCCCCUCUUGAUGAGCACUGCACUGCUGAUGUUGGGCACUCCUGGUGUGGGGAAGACACCAGCCAUCAUCGUCAUGUGCAUGGCCAUCGGAAGGUACCAUGUCAGACGACUUCAACUACAAGGCGUCAAACCAGGCUGGCGGCGUGGCAAGAGCUUGGACAAUUUCAGGCAGCGUGCACCCCAAAUCCAAGAAGCUCUAUUCCUGGAUGAUCCUUCACGUAGACGAAGCGACAUUGCGGACCUCAAGGCAUUCUUCACUUCAGACGAAGAUGGUACUGUGAGCGGCAGGUACAACGAUGCCCGCAUGACCCGUAACCAAAUGAGAGCCAUGGCUUCCAACGACGCUGGCACGGAGCCGUCUGAUGUGCUGCCGUCGGACACCACUCUCGAUUCCGGGGCCUUCUUUCAACUCAUCAAGCCGAUGUUCAAUGACGAGGAUCACAUAAAGGAUAUCCUUGCGGUCAUGAAGCGUGUCACAACCCUUGUCUUCACAGAGAAAGCUCUGUACAUCCGUUUCCCCUCUGAGCAGCCCAAGGCGAUUGUACACCGCAUUGUCAAAGAGAGUCUCUACCUAGACCUUCUCGCAGACAGAGAUAAAGGACUCUAUGCGUCCUACAAGCAGGGCGUCACCAUGUAUGGACCGACAUUUGAGGAAGAUGUUCAGAGGGAGCAAGCCAUGAUCGACUCGCGUGUGGAGUACAUGAACAGCUUCCCCAGGAUCCAAGACUACAUAGAGAACUGCAAUAGCAAGCUGCAGGAGUGGCUUCGUCCAGUUCGUGUACUUCCAGAUUCGCCGGACUCGCCUGAAAACACACAGCCGGCUGCUGCAAUGGGUGGUCUUCAUCUCUCACGGCACAUUGGGACAGGCGCCGCGCCCAAUCGCGUUGACCGUAGCCGGUUCCACUUCGGUGACUCACCUGCUCAAAAACUACGCAGAAUCAGGUCCAAGUCCUCUAUGCCUCCUACGACUCCGAUCGUCCCGGCCUCCUCUUCACACAAUGCUGAGCACGAAGACAUCCCAGCUGCCAAUGAGGGCGGAGCGGACAUGGUGGAGGCGGCCUCACACCAGGAACAUGCCGAUCCAGCCGAUGAUUCCGGAGACGAGAUGGAUGUUGAUGAGGGGGACGAGUACUAUUUCGGCUGCACGGUGUUGACCUUGGUUUUGAUCUGUGCAGUAGUUGUCGCACACAUGGCUCCCAAGAUGCAGAAGAAGCCGAGCUCCUUUGUUCCGAAGAAGGGGAAAUUCCGCAGUGCGCUCAAACGCCCAGCUUCUACCAAGUCCAAGGAAUACAAGUCCGUCGCGUAUGUUCGGGUUCCUGCUCCAGUUGGUGCUCGUGGUCUUCGCCAUGAGCAAACACACUGGCGUCGAACUAUACCGGAACUUCUCAAUGCCAGUAACUCCGCCAUUGUUGAGAUGCUCACAGAGGAUAAAAUCUUGUUGGAUUGGAAAGGUCGCACAUGCCCUCGGUGUGAGCGUGGUACCCUUUCAGGCCCAAUCUCCAAACCUGGUCUUGCCUCCUCCGUGAAGUACAGGUGCAGCCACUACAAGUGCCUCCAGUACAUGAACCCGCACUACCUCCACCCAUUCUUCAAGGAAUGCCGUGGUCCCGAAGGCCACAGUCUGCAGGUCCAGGCAUCGGCGCUUCUUCUCAAGCUCACUGAGGCAUCCAAUGCGCAGGCACAUAAGCUUCUGGGCAUCAACCACAAGGCCAUAGAGGACAUGGACAAGAGCCUCAUGACACUGCGCAAGGAUUUCGUAGAGGAGCGGCAAAAGACCAUGAAACUGGGCGAUGGUAUUUCCUGGGUCGACGUGGAAGGUGACGAGGCCACCUUCAACAAGACCCGUACCGAUGAUGCAGAUCCAACUAAGGCUAUGCAGUGGGAGCAGUGGCUCGGUCUCGUGGAGCGCGGUCGUCCAGAAAGCCUCGUCCUUCAUCGGCUGAAUCCUCCCAAAACAGUGCGGCGAGCACCAGGCCCGGGUGCUGUGCGAAAGACGGAAUGGGUGCCCUUGGCCAACAAGUACCUGAGGGGCCGCUCUGUCAUUUUCCACACGGACUCGGCUAGAAGCUAUAAGAUCCGUGUCGAUGGGGUGGUUCAUGACAAUGUUGUUCACGCCAAGAAGCGUGUCAAGGUUAGAGGCAAGUUUGUGUGGAAGGCCCCAACAUAUGUCAGGGUUACAACCCAUAAAGUUCCAGGUCGCACGAAGCCUUUGAAGACCAAGGCAGGCACCCAAAUUAUUGAUAGAGCAUGGCGCUACAUGAAGGAUCGCAUUUCCCUCAAUCAGCAUUGCAUUACCGGCAGUAGCCUCAUGAGGGUGAAGGUCCGCAAUGCCCAGUACCUUUACUGGAAGCGGAGUGAGGACCUUUGGGUCGAGACUGGGAAGCUAUGCUCCUGGGCAAUGCAGAAGCUGGUGUGA